CCUGCGCAACUCCCUGAACCUGCGCGGGACCAAGUUCAUGUGCAAGGAAGGAGGCUGCGGCGCAUGCAUUGUCUCAGUCACCACCACGGACAAGCAUGGACAUCCGAUAACGUACUCUGUCAACUCCUGUUUAGUGUCUGUGACAUCAUGUCACAAUUGGAAGGUGACGACCAUCGAAGGCAUAGGAGAUCGUCGUAAAGGCUACCAUCCCUUACAGAAAACCCUGGCUGAGUAUAAUGGAACGCAAUGUGGACACUGCAGCCCCGGAUGGAUUAUGAAUAUGUUUGGAUUACUCGAAUCCAAACACUACGAUCUUACGCAAUACGAGAUUGAAAAUUCGUUCGGUAGCAACACCUGCCGAUGCACUGGCUUCAGACCGAUCCUUGAUGCUUUCAAAAGUUUUGCUAAAGACGCCCCAAAGCCGAACGCCUAUAUAGACGACAUAGAAGAUUUAACACCCUGUAAAAACAAGAACCAGUGCAACAAAACAUGCGACAAGGAAUGGUGCUUCAUAGACAAAAGUGACGUGGAUAACGUCUUGAAAAUUAAACUUAAAGAUGACCACAUUUGGUACAGAGUUACGGAAAUACAUCAUAUUUUUAACAUACUAGAGGAGGAAGGAACAGAUUCCUACAUGUUAGUCAACGGUAAUACGGGAAGAGGAGCCGUACCAAUAUUUUCUUUUCCAAGAGUUCUGAUAGACGUAAAACCGGUAGAAGAACUGACAGAACACUUUAUAGACCAAAACUUAGUUGUGGGAGCCGGUAUGACUUUAACAGACCUUAUGGAGUUGUUCAAGAAAGUAUCAAAGGAACAUGAAGAAUUUGCUUACCUGGAGAAGUUAUAUGAACAUUUGGAUUUGGUUGCUCAUAUACCAGUUAGAAACGUAAUGGGUUCGGAGGUGGACGCCGACGUGUCACUGAACGACUACCUGCGCAACUUCCUGAACCUGCGCGGGACCAAGUUCAUGUGCAAGGAAGGAGGCUGCGGCGCAUGCAUUGUCUCCGUCACCGCAGACAGCAACGGACACAAAAGAACCUUUUCUGUUAAUUCCUGCUUGGUGUCUGUCACAUCAUGUCAUCAUUGGGAGGUGACCACCAUCGAGGGGAUAGGUGACCGUCGGAAGGGAUACCAUCCUAUACAGAAGACCCUUGCCGAGUAUGAUGGUACGCAAUGUGGAUACUGCAGCCCUGGUUGGGUAAUGAGCAUGUACAGCCUACUUGAAUCUAAUGGCUACGACCUAACACAGUACCAAGUUGAGAACUCUUUCGGUAGCAACACCUGCAGAUGUACAGGAUUUAGACCCAUACUCGAUGCCUUCAAAAGUUUUGCCAAAGACGCUCCGAAGCCUAACCCCUACCUCGCUGAUAUAGAAGAUUUGGCACACUGCAAAAAUAAAGGGAAAUGUAACGAACAAUGUGAAAAAGAUUGGUGUUUUGUGCAAAAAAGUGAAGUGGAUAACAAUAUUCUGAAGAUCGUUUUGAAAGACAACCGUGUUUGGUACAGAGUAACGCAAUUAAAUGAUAUAUUUACUAUACUUGAUAAAGAAGGAACUGAGUCUUACAUGCUGGUAAACGGCAAUACAGGCAAAGGCGCUAUUCCCAUUCUUGCCAUACCAAGAGUUCUGAUAGACGUGAGUCCAGUCGAAGAGCUUAAAGGACACUAUGUAGACCAAAAUCUAGUCGUAGGUGCUGGAACAACUUUGACAGAUCUUAUGGAGUUGUUUAAGACAAUAUCAUGGGAACGUGAAGAAUUUUCCUACUUGCAAAAAUUAUAUGAACAUUUAGAUUUGGUUGCCCACAUUCCUGUUCGCAACGUAUUGGGGUCGGAGGUGGACGCUGACGUGUCACUGAACGACUACCUGCGCAACUUCCUAAACCUGCGCGGGACCAAGUUCAUGUGCAAGGAAGGAGGCUGCGGCGCCUGUAUUGUCUCCGUUACUACCACGGACAGCAACGGACACAAAAUAACCUUCUCUGUUAAUUCCUGCUUGGUGUCUGUCACAUCAUGUCAUUAUUGGGAGGUGACCACCAUCGAGGGGAUAGGUGACCGUCGGAAGGGAUACCAUCCCAUACAGAAGACCCUUGCCGAGUAUGAUGGUACGCAAUGUGGAUACUGCAGCCCUGGUUGGGUAAUGAGCAUGUACAGCCUACUUGAAUCUAAUGGCUACGACCUAACACAGUACCAAGUUGAGAACUCUUUCGGUAGCAACACCUGCAGAUGUACAGGAUUUAGACCCAUACUCGAUGCCUUCAAAAGUUUCGCCAAAGACGCUCCGAAGCCUAACCCCCACCUCGCUGAUAUAGAAGAUUUGGCACACUGCAAAAAUAAAGGAAAAUGUAACAAAAAAUGUGAAAAAGAUUGGUGUUUUGUGCAAAAAAGUGAUGUGGAUAACAAUAUUCUGAAGAUCGUUUUGAAAGACAACCGUGUUUGGUACAGAGUAACGCAAUUAAAUGAUAUAUUUACGAUACUUGCUAAAGAAGGAACUGAGUCUUACAUGCUGGUAAACGGCAAUACAGGCAAAGGAGCUAUUCCCAUUCUUGCCAUACCAAGAGUUCUGAUAGACGUGAGUCCAGUCGAAGAGCUUAAAGGACACUAUGUAGACCAGAAUUUAGUCGUAGGUGCUGGAACAACUUUAACAGAUCUUAUGGAGUUGUUUAAGACAAUAUCAUGGGAACGUGAAGAAUUUUCCUACUUGCAAAAAUUAUAUGAACAUUUAGAUUUGGUUGCCCACAUUCCUGUUCGCAACGUAUUGGGGUCGGAGGUGGACGCUGACGUGUCACUGAACGACUACCUGCGCAAUUUCCUUAACCUGCGCGGGACCAAGUACAUGUGCAAGGAAGGAGGCUGUGGCGCAUGUAUUGUCUCCGUCACUACUACGGACAGUAACGGACACGAAAGAACCUUCUCUGUUAAUUCCUGCUUGGUGUCUGUCACAUCAUGUCAUCAUUGGGAAGUAACCACCAUCGAGGGGAUAGGUGACCGUCGGAAGGGAUACCAUCCCAUACAGAAGACCCUUGCCGAGUAUGAUGGUACGCAAUGUGGAUACUGCAGCCCUGGUUGGGUUAUGAGCAUGUACAGCCUGCUUGAAUCAAAUAACUACGAUGUGACUCAAUCCAAAAUCGAGAAUUCUUUUGGGAGUAACACCUGCAGAUGUACAGGAUAUAGACCUAUACUCGAUGCCUUUAAAAGCUUUGCCAAAGAUGCUCCAAAACCAAACCCUCCCGUUGCUGAUAUUGAAGACUUGACUUUGUGCAAAAAUAAAGGAGAUUGUAAUAAAAAAUGUGAAAAAGAUUGGUGUUUUGUGCAAAAAAGUGAUGUAGAUGACAAAAUUCUGAAGAUUGUUUUGAACGAUUACCGUGUUUGGUAUAGAGUCAAACAAUUGAGUGAUAUUUUUACUAUAUUUAAAAAUGAAGGUACUGAAUCUUACAUGUUGGUUAACGGCAAUACAGGAAAAGGGGCUAUUCCCAUUCUUGCCAUACCAAGAGUUCUGAUAGACGUGAGUCCAGUCGAAGAGCUUAAAGGACACUAUGUAGACCAAAAUCUAGUCGUAGGUGCUGGAACAAAUUUGACAGAUCUUAUGGAGUUGUUUAAGACAAUAUCAUGGGAACGAGAAGAAUUUUCCUACUUACAGAAAUUAUAUGAACAUUUAGAUUUAGUUGCCCACAUUCCUGUUCGAAACAUUGGAACUGUAGCUGGUAAUUUGAUGCUGAAACACAGGUUACCAACUUUUUCUUCAGAUAUAUUCUUAUUGUUGGAAUCAAUCAUGCCAAGAGCACAAAACGCCCAUGCUCAAGUAAAUGGAGCUUUUUUAUACCAAUUCCGUGCAAAUGAUGACAUAAUAUCAACAGCACGUAUCGUAAUCACCGGUUUGUCAGGAAAGUUUGUUCAUGCUAAGAACACCGAAGAAUUUCUCGUUCACAAAAAUAUUUUUACCAAUGAAGUACUGCAAGCAGCUCUUAAGAUUUUGGAUAAAGAAUUGAUUGUUGAAGAGAUACCAGGUGAUUUGUCUCCGGAAUAUAGAAGAAAAUGUGCACUUGGUCUGUUUUAUAAGAGCUUACUAACAUUGAUUCCUAAAGAAAAACUAAACCAUCGCUAUCUCUCUGGAGCAAGAGACUUACGAAAGACUCGACCGGUAUCACAUGGAACUGAAGUAUAUGACACCAACCCUGCUAUCUGGCCUAUCACGGAACCUAUGCCCAAAGUAGAGGCACUCAUACAAACUUCUGGUGAGGCUAAGUACAUCAACGACUUACCAACACAACCAAAUGAAGUGUUUUGUGCAUUUGUCACGUCAGAUAUAUGCACAGGCGAAAUUUUAGAAAUUGAUCCUACUCCGGCAUUGAAAAUUCCGGGUGUACUCGCAUUUUUUUCUGCAAAAGACAUUCCUGGAGUAAAUUCUUUUACAUUUCCUGUGAAAGUAGUAGGCUCCGGAAUAGUUUUGGAAGAAAUAUUCGCUGAUGGCAUAGUUAAAUAUUAUGAUCAACCGAUAGGUAUUAUAGUUGCCGAAACUGAGAAAAUGGCUAAUAGAGCGGCUCUGCUUGUACGCAUCAAGUACAAAAAAGACAAAGAUGUACCCAUACUGACUAUUGAUGAAGUUAAAGCGAAAGACCCAAGCCGUAUAACUGUAUUUUUGACAUACCCUGCAAGAGACCGAGGUGUAAAUGUACAAAAAGUAAUCAAGGGCUCUGACAACAUCUUUCAACAAUAUCAUUACACCAUGGAAACCCUUACUUGUGUAGCGCGACCUAGUGAUUUCGGUUUAGAUGUUUUUGCAUCUACGCAAUGGCCAGAUUUGACUCAAGUUGGUAUUUCAACUGUUCUUAAUGUUGAACAAAAUCGGAUCAAUCUAGAAGUUUUUAGAUGUGGAGGUUCUUACGGCAACAGAAUAUCUCGUGCAAGUCAUAUCGCGGCUGCGUGCUCUCUAGCCUCCUACUUAACGAACCGACCAUGUCGUUUCGUUAUGAGCAUCCAAUCGAACAUCAGAUGCGAUGGCACUACACUGGAUAUAACGCAACCACAGAUACUGCCUCCAAUACAUAUGUUCGAGCACCAGGUAAGGUUCUAUAUAUUGAUAUAUCUACUAUACAAACAAAUAAAUACAGUUAUACUUAAUCACUUAGGAGGAAGUUUUGAAGCUGUAGUUAUGACUGAGCAGAUAAUGGAACAUAUAGCUUAUUCGCUUAACUUAGAUCCGAUAAAAGUGCGUUUACAAAACUUGGAUCCACAAAGAACUGAGAUUACAGAAAUGGUUGAGACUUUAAUAAAAGAUAGCAAUUAUAACAAACGCAAAGAAGAAGUUGAAAAGUUUAAUAAAUUAAAUAGAUGGAAGAAGCGAGGCUUAAGAGUUGCUUUCAUGAGCUGGCCGGUUGCAGCUAUCGUCGAUUAUCCUGUCUUACUAACGGUCCAUCAUGGAGAUGCUACAGUCACAGUAUGCCAUGCUGGGGUAGAAUUUGGACAAGGAAUCAAUACAAAAGUUAUACAAGCAGUUGCGUAUACGCUUAACAUAUCCAUUUCAAAAGUUAAGGUGAAGUCAACAGAUUGUGUCACAACUCCGAAUCCUUUCAUAACAGGUGGAAGUCGUACAACUGAAGCCGUUUGCUUUGGAGCCAUCAAAUGUUGCCAGUUACUUCUGGAUAGACUGAGUGUUGUAAGAGAGGAAUUAAAUAAUGCUACGUGGGAGGAGCUGAUAGAAGCUGCACACAAUAGGGGCAUAGGCCUUCAGACUAAUUACAGAACUACUGCUAACGAUCAAAUGACGUAUCGAGUUGGUGGAGUAGCAUUUGCGGAAGUGGAAUUAGAUGUCUUGACGGGAGAACAUGACGUUCUUAGGGUAGACCUGAUCGAUGAUGUUGGGCUUAGUUUAAAUCCGGAGCUGGAUAUUGGACAGAUCGAAGGUGCUUUUACAAUGGGCCUAGGUUUUUGGACUUGUGAACACUUUAUAUUUGACAAAAAAACAGGAGAAAUCCUAACUGACCGCACUUGGAACUACCACGUUCCGCUUGCUAAGGACAUACCGAUAGAUUUCAGAGUACAACUUCGGAGGAACUCUUAUAAUCCUAUUGGAACUCUUGGUGCUAAAGGUAUAACGGAACCUCCUAUAUGUUUGUCAGUUAGCGUUGCAUUUGCCUUAAGAGAGGCUAUAGCGUCUUCCAGAGAGGAAAGCGGCUACCCCCGCACCGAAUGGUUCAAUGUUGGUAAGCAUUUAUAA